AUGGGUAUCGAUUUGGACCGUCACCACGUCCGCAACACCCACCGCAAGGCUCCAAAGAGCGACAAUGUCUACCUUCAGCUCCUCGUGAAGCUUUACCGCUUCCUGGCCCGCCGUACGGACGCCAACUUCAACAAGGUCAUCCUCCGCCGUCUUUUCAUGUCCCGCAUCAACCGCCCACCAGUUUCUCUCUCGCGCAUUGUAUCCAGCAUUAAGGGAUCAGAGAAAGCCAACGCUGGAAAGACCAUUGUUGUCGUCGGCACUAUCACCGAUGACAACCGCCUGCUCGAGGUCCCAAAGAUGUCCAUUGCCGCUUUGCGCCUCACCUCUUCCGCCAGAGCCAGAAUUGAGAAGGCCGGUGGUGAGAUUUUGACCUUGGACCAGCUUGCUCUCCGAGCCCCAACUGGUGCCAACACCAUCUUGUUGCGCGGACCAAAGAACUCUCGCGAGGCCGUCAAGCACUUCGGAUUCGGCCCACACAGCGGAAAGAAACCACUUGUUGCCAGCAAGGGACGCAAAUUCGAGCGGGCUCGUGGACGAAGAAGAUCGCGUGGUUUCAAGGUUUAA